AUGCGUUCAACCUCAUAUACUUUAGCCCUUCUUUCUUUGGGUCUUGCUAGCGCUGCCCCAGUUCCUCAAGUUCCCGGUGGAGGAGCUGCUGCUGGACUUGGAGGCCUUGUUGCUGGUCUUGGUCCCGUCACUAAUGACUUAUCCAAUACUGUUGGUGAUUUGAAGCCUGCUGUUGCCAGCCUCGAACCUGCAGUUGAAGACCUUGGUGCUGACCUUGGUGAUGCAUCUUCCAGUUUGAGCACUCGCCAAGUUCCUGGUGGUGGAGCAGCUGCUGGACUCGGUGGUCUUGUUGCUGGCCUCGGUCCCGUCACUAACGACUUAUCCAACACUGUUGGCGAUUUGAAGCCUGCUGUUGCAAGUCUCCAACCUGCAGUUGAAGACCUUGGUGCUGACCUUGGUGAUGCAUCUUCCAGUUUGAGCACUCGCCAAGUUCCUGGUGGUGGAGCAGCUGCUGGACUCGGUGGUCUUGUUGCUGGUCUUGGUCCCGUCACUAAUGACUUAUCCAACACUGUUGGUGAUUUGAAGCCUGCUGUUGCAAGUCUCCAACCCGCUGUUGAAGACCUUGGUGCUGACCUUGGUGAUGCAUCUUCCAGUUUGAGCACUCGUCAAGUUCCUGGUGGUGGAGCAGCUGCUGGACUCGGUGGUCUUGUUGCUGGCCUCGGUCCCGUCACUAAUGACUUAUCCAACACUGUUGGUGAUUUGAAGCCUGCUGUUGCCAGCCUCGAACCUGCAGUUGAAGACCUUGGUGCUGACCUUGGUGAUGCAUCUUCCAGUUUGAGCACUCGUCAAGUUCCUGGUGGUGGAGCAGCUGCUGGACUCGGUGGUCUUGUUGCUGGCCUCGGUCCCGUCACUAACGACUUAUCCAACACUGUUGAAGACUUGAAGCCUGCUGUUGCCAGCCUCGAACCUGCAGUUGAAGAUCUUGGUGCUGACUUGGGUGCCUCGUCUUAG